AUGAAACAAUUUUUUGGUAUUGCUAGACAAGUAAGCGGACCAAAUGAUCAUCCCUGUUCAUCAACAUUUUUGCAAAUAUACAAGACCCUAUCUGUAUACUCUAUUUUAAGACCACCAAAAACAGGGAAUUGCAAAAUUUUGGACAGUGGUACACCAAAAAUAACUAUUGAUGACUUAAAAAAUGUCUUCAAUAAUGAUACAACAGAGCGUACUAAUAAAAUUAAUUUAUUAAAACAAAAAUUGGACAUGCUGGUUGUACAAGAAACUGAAAUUGAUAUUGUGUUUGAUACAAGUAUACACAGUUACUUUAAAGCUGAAACUAAAGACUGUGUUAUUUAUUACAUUUGUGGAUACAUAACUAAAAAUUACACCAAGCGCAUUACUUGUGAACUUUGCAGAAAAGCAUUAAUUGAUUCAAAAAAUUAUUCAGAUAAACCAGAAGCUACAUUGGUUAAUCUAAAAACCAAAGGCGGUUUGAUCCAUCCAAAUGAAUUUGUUUUUAAAAUAUUGUCAGCUGUUGAAGACUCAUUUUCGAAGUUUUGUGACAGUAAUGAUGUCUUUGAGCUCACUUUGAAUAAUUUCUUUGAGGAAUAUGGUCCAAUCAAAUUUCCAUGUGCAGAUCACAAAACUGAAAUAUUAAAGUUCAUUUUAUCUGAUUACAUUGUUAUGAGAAUGCGUCAGUACACACUUGUAAUGAAUAAAAAUCAAAACAAAAAUAAUGCUAAAAAGAAAAAACAUUCAAAACUAGUUAAUACAUAA